AUGUUUGUGCACUGUGUCUUUCUUCGCUCUUCUAAUUUAAAUGUUUGCGGGGGUCAAACUGUUGUAGCUUCUACACCAAAAGAUGCCUUGAGGAAGCAUGUCAAGUCGCACGAUUCCAUGGUGUCCCGAGCAAUAUCCUCUAACCGUGAAUGUUGCUUUCUAGAAUUCGAUGGUGCUUCGAAAGGAAAUCCUGGGCAAGCUGGAGCAGGAGCUGUUCUGCGAGCACAUGAUGGAAGUGUGAUAUGUAGACUGCGUGAAGGCUUAGGUACAGCAACCAAUAAUGUUGCUGAAUAUCGAGCUAUUCUUUUAGGGUUGAAGUAUGCUCUUCAGAAAGGGUUUACUAGGAUCCAUGUCCAAGGUGACUCCAAACUUGUCUGUAUGCAGGUCCAAGGAUUGUGGAAGGUAAAAAAUGAGAACAUCUCUGA